AUGAAUCCAUAUCUAAGCGGCAUUCUAGUCGGCUGCCGUCCGAUGGUGGAGUUUUUCAGCGCCCCUCUUCUGGGAUCCUUGGCCGAUAGACUUAACAAACGAAAGCUGUUGAUGUUAUUUUCGCUGGCUUGUUGGAUAUCUUUUAAUUUCUCUCUGGCGUUCAUAAAGCCGGCACCCGUAACAUGUAGGAAAUAUUUUAUUCUCACAGAAAACGUCUCGCAGAUCGUGACGGGUGAAACUUCCGAGAUAAAAGACUUCUUAGCACCCAAUACUCCGGACAAAAAAGAGCCCGAAUUCAAAGCCAAAAGUUCCUUGGUCUUUGAUCGUGAAGGCGUUCACCAAGUUUUUUUAGUCCUUCUGUUUUUGACUGUAGUAGGAGAGUUUUUCUCGGCUCCAGCUAUAACCCUUGCCGACUCAGCGACCCUUGGUUUGCUUGGAGAAAACAAAGAACUGUACGGCCGACAACGAAUGUGGGGGAGCCUAGGGUGGGGUGCCGCCAUGUUCCUUCUUGGAUUUGUCAUAGACAGCAUCAAAGGAGUAGAGGUGUGCGGAGAGAUAAUUAGCCAGAACUACACUGUUGGUUUCUAUUUCUUUUUUGUUUUCAUGGUAUGCGCGUUAACUGUGGCCACCCGUUUUUCUUUCCCAAACAAAGAAACUUCUGAACUGAGCGACUCGCAACAACAGAAAGGAACGGGAUUAUAUCGCAUUCUCUUUUCAUUUCGAUACGGCACUUUUUUUGUCGUGACCUUCUUCCUGGGUUUCGGAGUUGGCCUUAUUUUCACGUUUCUCUUCUGGCAUCUCGAGGACCUCGGAGGCCCACCGACUUUGUUCGGAAUAGCUUCGUUGAUCGAUCACAUUUCGGAAAUCGCUUGUUAUUUCAACGUCGGUCGCUUAAUAUGCUUUGUCGGUCACAUACGCGUGCUGUACAUUGGCCUCUUUGGGAAUUUCCUUCGCUUUAUUUACAUUUCGUUUCUCGAAAAUCCAUGGCUGGUCCUUCCCCUCGAGAUUUUACAAGGAGUAACUCACGCUGCAGUUUGGGCAGCUUGUACCAGCUACGUCGGCCGCAUCGCACCCCCCGGAUACGCCACUUCAGCCCAAGGGAUUUUGCAAGGUUUGCAUCACGGGUUAGGGAGGGGCUGCGGAGCCAUACUAGGAGGUGUGCUGAUCCACGAAUUUGGCACAAAUGUAACCUUCAGAUUAUACGGAGUAGCCAGUUUAGUCGUUUUAAUUUUAUUCGCAAUUCUUCAAAAAAUCCUCGGCCCCGACGAGCGGAUGAUUAACGGCGCGAGGCCGAAUCUAUUGGACGUGACAUCUAAAGCCAAACACAGCCCCGACAAUAGUCCUGAUACUGAUUCCCCGCCUUCUGUUGUAGCUCCUGUUAUGCCAGGGUUAUUUUCUCAUAGCAACGCAGCGGAACCUAACUUUGGAGUUGUUGGAAGGCAUAUCCAGCCUAGAAGCACAACAAGUUAA